AUGGCAUCAUCUGACGAAGAGAAGCCCGUCGAGGAAUUUGUGAGCGACGGAAGAUACCGGAACAAGCAAAGAUGUCUAGUUUUGUGCUUGAGAGGAGCUACUGCAAGAUACCGUCACCUCCUUGAAGACAUCAGAACUCUGAUGCCACAUCAUAAAAAGGAAUCCAAGCUCGACGCCGGAAAAACCGGAGUUGCAAGGGCAGUCAAUGAUAUUGCGCAAAUAAGAAGUUGCAACUCUGUGCUUUUCCUUGAGUGUCGGAAACAUCAAGAUGCUUACAUGUGGAUUGGACGGGUCGGGGAAAAUGCUGGUCCAAGUGCGCGGUUUCAUUUGACCAAUGUUCACACAAUGGACGAACUUCGCCUCACAGGAAAUUGCAUGAAAGGUAGCAGACCGCUUCUAACAUUUGACGAAUCAUUUGGGCGAUUGAACCAUCUGAAGCCUUUGAAGGAACUUUUUGUUGACGUCUUUGGAACUCCUCGUGGACAUCCCGCAAGCAAGCCAUUCAUUGAUAGAGUCAUGGCAUUUUGCUACGUCGAUAACAAGAUUUGGGUUCGAAACUACCAAAUCCUCGAAAAGCAACCAGAAAACGCAAUGGAAGCACACCUUGCCAAAAAGGAAUCCGGACAAGAGGAAUCAACGUCUCUGGUGGAAAUCGGACCUCGAUUUGUCCUCGAUCCAAUUAGAAUUUUCAGAGGCUCUUUUGGUGGACAAACACUCUAUCAAAAUCCAAACUUCGUAUCACCCAACGAUGUAAGAGCCAUGGAAUAUAAGAGGAAAAACAAUUCGUACAUGCACAGAAAAGAUUCGCAGAAAAGACGAAAAACACGCGAUGAAGAACUUGUGAUUCCGGAAGAUCCGCUUGCCAAUGUCUUUCGCUAA